CCCGGCACAUUCUGACCGGGACACAGGUGGCUGUGAAGGUCAUAAAGAAAAGGCGUCAGAGCUUCUCAAGUGUCCAGGCACUUUUCCGGGAAGUGUGCAGUCUGAAGGCUCUGAAUCACCCCAAUAUUGUAAAACUGCUGGGGGUGAUUGACACAGAGGAGACAUUUUUCGUGGUGAUGGAGUACCUCAGUGGGGGGGACAUGUACCGCUAUUUGAAGACCCAUGGCCGUAUGACAGAGGCGGAGGCCCGAGGCCCGUUCCAGCAGCUGGUCUCCGCCCUGCAGCACUGCCACCGGAGGGGCAUCGUGCACCGAGACCUGAAGCCACUGAGCCUCCUCUUUGAUUCCAACAUGAAUAUCAAACUUACAGACUUUGGCCUCAGCAACAAGUGUGAUGGCACUGUCCAACUGGACACGAUCUGCGGCACACACCCUUAUGCUAAUGCUCACAUGAGUGCUCACAGGAACCAAUCCAGAAGCAAAUUGCUGCUGAUAGUAACUGACAGCAUGAAUUACUGCACUCUCAGAGACUCUGCCAGCAUCAACCCAUAUGAUCUCACUGUUGCUCAUAUGGCAAGCCGAAUUUGUGCAUGUGCUAGAACCAGCCUCUCAAGUUCAGGGAACAGCAAGGUUUCUCAGCUGUCGUUUGAAAAUAGCCAGCACCUUUGA